UUCAGUUUCUCUCACUACUGAAGCAGAUCCUUGCAAACACACACACGAGCACUACAGCCGAAAUUCCCCCAUUUACGAGGGAUUAGGAGUGUCGCUGUGUGAGAGUUGCUUUUUGCGCUUUAUUGAGUGGAAUUGCGAACUGUUUGUGGAGUUUUGGGACUGCUUUUUUCGUGUUUAAAUCCUCUGAGGUAAUCUGGGAUUCUUGAGGCGGGAAUGAGAGAGAUGCGCUCGAGCGUUCACUGGACUUUCACUCUGUGAGGGGCAAACAGGUGAAAACAGCAGGAAAAUACAGUAGAGAUGAGUGGGGAGUCAAAACAGGGGGUGGUGACAACCCCUCCGCCCCCCAGCGUGGGGAAACGGGAGGGCUACUUCGACCGCAUCAAUGAAAAUGACCCCGAAUACCUGCGCGCACGCAACAUGUCACCUGACCUGCGACAAGACUUUAACAUGAUGGAGCAGAAGAAAAGAGUGACACAGAUACUACAGAGUCCAGCAUUUAGGGAUGAGCUAGAGGGAAUGAUCCAGGAACAGAUGAACAAGGGGAAUAACCCAGCAGGACUGCUCGCUCUGCGGCAGAUCGCAGACUUCUUCAUGGCCAGCUCCGUAGCCGGCUUCUCCACAUCCCCCCUCAGUUUGGCCAUGGUGACCCCAAUAAACGACAUGUUCAGCUUGGAGUCCAGUACCAUGGUGAAGGGAGAGAAACAGACCCGCUGCAAACUGGCCAGCCUCUACAGAAUAGUGGACCUGUUCAGCUGGGCCCACUUCACAAGCUGUUAUAUUACAGUUCGUGUCAGUAAGGAGCAGGAUCACAUCCUCAUCAUCCCCAGAGGGCUGUCCUUCGCUGAGGCCUCUGCGUCCAAUCUGGUGAAGGUGAACAUUCUCGGUGACGUGAUCGAUCAGGGCUCCACCAACCUGCAUAUCGACUCGGCCGGCUUCAGCCCUCAUGCUGCCAUCUACUCCAUGAGACCCGACGUGCGCUGCAUCAUCCACAUACGCACACCGGCCACUGCUGCUGUGUCGUCUAUGAAGUGCGGCCUGCUGCCCAUCUCUCAAGAGUCUCUGAUCCUGGGUGACAUUGCCUACUACAACUACCAAGGCAGUCUGGAUGAGCCGGAGGAGCGCAUAGAGCUCCAGAAAGCCCUCGGACCAUCAGCGAAGGUGUUGGUUUUAAGGAAUCAUGGGGUUGUAGCUCUCGGGGAGACCAUUGAAGAGGCCUUUCACUACAUUUACAACGCUCAGUUUGCCUGUGAAAUUCAGGUGAAUGCGUUUUCAUGCGCUGGAGGAGUGGAGAACCUGAUCGUGUUGGAUCUGGAGAAGUUUAAACCUCGUACACAGGGGGUGGCAGAAGCCGGUGUCAACAUGGGAUCUCAGCACAAGUGGAGGCUGGGAGAGUUGGAGUUUGAGUCGCUCAUGAGAAUGCUGGACAACCUGGGUUACAGGACAGGCUACACGUACCGGCACCCCAUCGUGCGGGAGAAGCCGCGACACAAGAGCGACGUGGAGAUUCCGGCAACAGUGACGGCGUUCAUGUUCGAUGACGACGACACUCCACGUUUCCCUCUGAAGUUGCUGCAGCAGCGACAGCAGAGGGAGAAAACACGCUGGCUCAAUUCACCCAACUGCUACAUGAAGGUGAACGUGUCGGACGGGGCUAGCGAGGACAACGGACGCACCAAGACCACAUGGAUGAAGUCAGAUGAUGGUGGUAACACCAGCGGGACUCCAAUCCGCAUUGAAGAUCCCAACCAGUUUGUUCCUCUGAACACAAACCCCAGUGAAGUUCUGCAAAAGAGAAAUAAGAUUCGCGAACAGAACCGGUUUGAUAUGAUGACAGCAGGACCGCAAUCACAGCGGCUUGCAGGGAUUGUGGUGGAAAGACCGCCGGGACAGUCGCCAGUUAAGCCAUACACAGGCGAUGACGAGGAACAGACGGGCCCUCUUCCUCCAAACCCCUUCAGCGAGCUGAGCGAGAAAGAGCUGGACAACUACCAGAAGAGAGUAGAACGACAGCACCUCGGAUUGGAUGAUGAAGAGCAGCUCACGUCAGACGAUGCUUCCACACUGUCUCAGUCAGUGUCCCAAACUCAGUCUCCUCAAAACACUCCAGCUAAAGAAGAGAACCACACUGGCGUGAUGCUGAACGGUAAAGAUGACCAUGGCGACGAGGACGAGCUCAUCAAGCGCGUGAGCCAGCUGACCACCAGCGUGGAAAGCGUAGAGAUCAACGUGCGCUCGGGAGAGAAGAUCGAAGAGGUUCUGACGCCCGAGAGCUCACCCUCCAAAUCGCCCAACAAGAAGAAGAAAAAGUUCAGAACCCCGUCCUUCCUGAAGAAGAACAAAAAGAAAGAGAAAGUGGAAGCCUAGAGGAGAGAGAGGAUCCAUGCCCACUUUGUCUGUCUUUCUGUUUGUCAUUGUAUGUUUUUAAGUUUGUUUUUGUUAAGGUUAUGUAUGACAAAAACAUGGCACGUUAUUUUGGGAGUCGGUGAAUAGAUGGAGUAACAUCUGUUUUUAAGAUAUGUGCCAUGUUCACGUGAUCAUAAGAUGAGUUUUAUACAGGAAGAGAAGUGAGGGAAACUCCUGGGAAACUGGCUCCUCUCACCUGAUAGACUGAAAAUGUUUCUGUACACAGUUUCCUGAUGAUUUUAUCUCAUUGAUGAGCCCAUACUGCAUUAUUUUUUCACAUUGUAUGUUUAUUAGAUUAUCAUACAGACCUUUUAUGAGCCCCUUUUCUAUCCGCCACAUCAUCUCUCAUGGUGUCAGUUCUGCUUGUUUCUCCAGCUGUAGGUGAACGGUAGGCGUAAUUGGUUACACUACACAGGAGAGGCUAAAGAAUCACACUGGAAACCGUUCUGGGGUUAUUUUAACAGGGUUUGUUUUAUUUUGUUUCUCUUAGCUGUGAUUGUCGAAGAAAUGGGUGUGAAAUUGAGCAGCACGUGUGACGAUCCUGUGUAGAGCCGCUCCAGUCUCCUCUCCGUACUGUUCUUUGCCAAAUGAAAAGGUUUAAAAGCAUAAAAAGCAGAGCAAUCACGUUUUAGUGAACUGUAAUCUUGGUAAUUUUGGUUUCGUGAACAUCCACUCUUUAUCUCUAAUGAAAUAAUUUAGCUUUUUUUUAAUUGAAACAAUUUAGGUUUUAGUCAUUCAGUUUUGUACUCGUUUCUAUACUUUAACAACGAAAAAACAAAGUCUUGAAGCAUGUUUUGCUAGCCUGAAUUUAUAUGGCUGAUAAUGUAGCGGUGCCUGACUUCUCAGUCGUGUAAUAGCUCAGAUUACUAAACACAUGUAACGAAAAUAUAUGAAAACUGGAGUGAUGUUAAAGAUAUAUAAAUAUAUAAUAUUUUUGUGCUGCACUUUUUAAUGUGGUAUACAUAACAAAAUGUCUAUGGAUGAACUUUGCAGUCGAAGGAGAUCAAGAGCGAUAGAGGCGCAAUACGAAAACAUAACAUGUUUUAGCAUCUUGAAAAAGGGUGGAGAAGGGAAACUUGUUAACAUAUAAAAAACAAUAUAUAUUUGUAAACUGUAUUUUUGAAAAAAUGUCUCGGUCCCAAAGCAAAGUACAGGCCUAAUGGCUCUCACGGGGUCUACCGUGGGUUCAAAUCUGUUUAGUGUGAUUGAUUCCCAUCACGUUAGACAUUUAACUCCCUCAUGGAGGUUCAUUCUGGGCCUUUUAUAGUGCUCUGGAUGACCACAUCAUUCAUUAUGACACCUUAUGACAGUCAUCACCAUCACCAUCCAACAGACUUAGAAGUCUCCAAAGCAUCAGUGUUACUAUGGUUACCUGGGAAACGGCAUUGUACAGUGUGUUUUUUUUUUGUUUUGUUUUUUUUUCUGUUUGAAACUGGAUUGAUUUACUCAUCUUCCCUCCGCCAGAUGUAAGCCGUGAGUUCAGAGGUUGCUUGUUUCACCUGUUUUGAAGCGCCCUGCCCCAUGAGACACCACUCUCUGGACAGAAUGUACUGAGUUUCACCAAUCUGUUAUGCUCAAGAUUAGCAGUUUGACCUCAGUUUGAACUCCGUUAGGCCCGAAUGUGGUCGUCAUGCAUCCUGUAGGGGGGGAGGCGGAACCACUGAGAAAGAGAGAUGUAUAUCCCAGUGGGCAAUGUGAAGUACUGGCUUGGGCACAGAGAGAGAGAGAUAGACACUUCUAAGCUGUGUAAAUAGCAUGUGGUUUUGAACGCGGGCCAGACGUGGAUUAAAACACAUUUAAAGCUGCAUCGGGUGUGAGUUUAGAGCGACAACUGGGGAGAUUAACUCAUUUUAUUGCUUUAAAUUUUCUUGCCGUUUUCCUUAUUUUGGUUUUGGCUCUUUUUGCUUCAGUUUCCAUAGUGCACUGUGGUUUUUGCUUUCAGGAAGUGCAGUUCAUACCCUACAAGCGUUAACUGGAAUGUGCAUCACAUUCUCGUUUUCUUUUACGUUUUGUUGCUCUUUUUUCUUUUCUUUUACCCCUUCUGACCAUUUUGCACCUUGUUUUACUAAUGCCUCUCUGUUGUAGUCUCUGGUUCAGAGGGUCUGUUUGCUUUGGCAUGCGAGUUUGAGCCAAGCCUCUUUGUGACCUGUGAAAUCGUAUAUAAAUGGUUAUCUAACGGACUUGCUUCUAGAUGUAUUGCUAAUCAGUGUAAAUUCACAAAUAAACUAUUUUAAGAAGCAAACACUGCACUCAAAGUCUGUGGGGGAUGGAACCAUGCUACAUUUCACUCCAUAUUUUUAACAUUUACGCAUUUGUUUACAUCAUUCAUUGCAUUUCUCAGUUCCUCACAUGCAGCCAUUUCACAGUUAUGAAAUGCAAAUGUUAACGUCUAACUAAAUGGGAACAUUUGACUUCAAAGGUUAGUUUAUCUAAAAAAAAAUCAUUUACUUGCUCCUCAUGCUGUUAAAAAACCCAGAUUUUGUUCUGUGGGACAUGAAAUGAGAAAUUUUGAAGAUGUUCACACUGCUCAUUUCCAUUUAAUGAGAGCAUAUACUGGCAACCAAAUACACCAUUAAAGUAUCAAAAGUUGUCAAUAUUACCAGUGGGCCUGUCAAAAUAUGACAUAAUAUAAUUUGUCUUUAACUUUAUUUUGUUUUCUUUUUUUCUUUUUUUUUGGCUAAUGAAUCACACUCAAAAUAUGAGCGAUUUGAAGCAGGGAGUGUUUGAAAACCCUCUAGUGUUCUUCUGUCAUUUUGGACCAGAUUUUUUUUUUUUUGACAUUUUAAAAAUCGCUACUUCAUCAGAAUGGUACGAAACUCAAUGACUUUUAUGGCAGUUGCAGUGUGACAAAAAAAAAAAAAAAAAAAAAAACUUGAUUCGAAAAAUCUAAAUGGUUGUAAAAACAAAAAACAAAUUGUCAAUCGUGUUGUUCGCGGUCAAAAAUGACCCCCAUUGGAAAUGAAUAGGAAAUAUGCAAAAAUACAGAACAUUUCUUGUGUACAAUCUACAAAUCAUCCACGAUGCAGAAAAAAAGUGCACAGCAAUGAAGAGGUGACACCUUAAAAGUGUAAAAGAGUGCAAAAUAGAUACAUUCCACCCACCCCCAACCCCCCAUAGACACACACAUACUGAAAAUUAAAAAAAAAGAGGAAAAUUUCAGGUGUUCAGUCACUUUUGACCACGAACAACACAAGUGUAACCCCCAAAUGAACAAUACCAGAGGGUUUACCAUUAUCAUUCAGACCAAAUGUGUUUUGGCAUUUAAAAACAAGAUGCAGGGCAUUGAAAUGAAAAAAACAAAACAAAACAAAGCAAGGUCUAGAGACACGUUUUUUUUUUUAAAAGGUUGAACUACUUUUAACUGGAGCGCUAUAUUUUUAGAAUGGUAUGUCAUGCACAAGAUACUGCAAAAUACACAAAUGUAGUGAUCAAACACGUCCAUCUAGUCCAGGGGUCUCCAAAUUUGUUCCUAGAGGGCCACUGUCCUGCAUAGUUAGCUCCAACCCCAUUUAAACAUACCUGAAGCAGCUAAUCAUGGUCUACUUAGGCAUACUAGAAACUUCCAGGCAGGUGUGUUGAGGCAAGUUGGAGCUAAACUCUGCAGGACAGUGGCCCUCCAGGACUGAAUUUGAAAAAACAACUGCAGUAGCAAUAUCACUGUUAUCACCAAUACGUUAUAUUGCAACAACCCUAAUUACUGGUCUUCUAAAUACAUACAAUAGCUUUCGGAUAUGAUAUCCAUGCGUUUUCAAAAAUGGAGCAUCAAAAUUGAUGUUAACACCAUUGGUUCUCGUGCAUCUUGUAGCCUAUCGCUGCAAACAAGAUGUGUAAACAAACAGGAUAUGCACCAAAUUAUCACUGUGCUUUUCUCACUUUCAGUUCUGGGAUCUCUGACACAGCACAACAUGUUCCUAAAAGUCUCGUGUAUGUGGUACACAACCACAUUCUCAUGUAAUAGUGAGCCCUCGCUUUCCCUUGGCAUUUAUGUAUGAAGCACUUUUAAUUGAAAAGUCCCUCUAUGCUUCUUCUAGCACAAAUAUGCACCGAAAACUACCAAAGACCAACCCUGCUGCAGGAUACAGUGAAUUCUUUCUCUUUACUGCAAAAAAAAAAUAAUGGUUUUAUUUUACAGUCAGACAAGAACAUGUUGAAUUUUUAACAUCCAUAUAUUAACAUGUAAUUAUAAAUCCAGUCUAUUCUUCACUUUGACCUCUCAGAGACUGAAUAUGCAUCGGAUUCCUUUUGCACAAGCAACAGACUGUUCGUUUGAAAGCAGGCGCUUCACUAUUGUGUUUGUGCUGUUGUGCCUUUCUGCGUUUUUCCUAUGAAUGGAACAACUGAAAUAUGCAACACUUAUCGAAACUGUAUGCGUUAGUUAAACUGUGGGCGACAGAGUUGGUGGCAAACAUGCUGAUUAUGGGUCAGUUUUGCUGUUUUAGCCAACAAAGUGGUCAGGUUGAGGUCAGGAAAGGCUGAUUGUAGAUCAGUAGUCUCGCUUGGCUCAUUUGCUUUCAUUUUCCCUGCACAUCUAAUUUGAUGAUCCUCAAUUGAAUUUUACUCUCAUAGCACCUUUAUAGAGCCAUAGAAUAAUGCUGCCCUGAGGGCUGAUCACGGGUCAGACCUAUGCAUAGUGAAACUGUUCAGAUUAGCCUCUAUGGUGACCCAAAUAUUAUCGGCCUUGUGAUUAUUUUGCCCGUGCAGAUGAAUGUUUUGAAGAUGUUUUGGUUGUAUAUGAAGCAUCAAGAUUAAAUGGAAAUGAAUCAAA